AUGGGUUGCAUCACCAGCACAACCAUCAACCCGGCCGACUACUCCCCGGCCGUCCGGCGAAGCAUGGGCAGAGCCAUCUCUACAGUCACCACCGACGCCGCCACUCUCCACUCACUCUCAUUCACUGCCCUCCAAGCCGCCACCUCUGCCCUCGUUGAUGUCGAGCGUGAUGCCUUUGACAAUAUCGUCCAACUCAAAGACGAGAUCUCCGCCAAUCCCGACCUCCUCUUCAUUGUUGAACACUACCUCGAGAGCAGCAUCCAUGCUCUCCGCUUCUUCACUGUUCUCAAGUACUCCCUCUCCAAAGCCCGUGAAAACGAGCUCCUUGUCCGUGACGCCCUGCUUCUAUUCGAAGAGGGCCAAGACCUCUCUGCCACCCUUGAGAAGCUCCAGGAGUUCAAGGAUGAAGGUGAUCCCUUCACCGAGAAUUUCUUCAACGAGUUCAAGCUCGUGUGCGAGCACCAGCAGUCCAUCCUCCAUGAGCUUCUUCUCCGCAAGCAAGUUCUAGAUGAGAAGCUUCGCAAAGUCACGGCAUGGAGGAAGGUCUGGCACAUUAUUUACUCUGCUGUCUUCGCUGCUGUUUUGAUUUGCUCUGCUGUGCUCGCUGCCAUGUCUAUGCCGUCCGCUGUGAUGACUGUGGCCUCAGCUGCGUCCAGCGCCAUGGAGCAGCUGAAGCAGUGGGUUGAUUCAGUGUGGGAAAGGUUUCAGAAAUCUUAUGAAGAGGAGAGAAGAGUGAUUCAGUCGCUAGGGAAGGGGACGUUAAUUGCCAUUCAUGAACUUAAUAGCAUGAAGUCUCUUGUGGAGGACUUGGAGGAGAAGAUUAGGUAUUUGAUUCACAAUGCUGAUGUGGACCCCACUUGGAGAUUGUAG